GCCCCCUGCCCGUCACAGCCCUGCCCAGGCCAGCCUCUCCAUCCAGGCAGCAUAUAUGAGCAGCAGACAGCCUCACAUGGAGGUCAGACAUCUUUCUGCAUUCAAACAGAGAGUGAUCACAGCUGCACAGGAUCCCAUCGAUUAUAUUUAGAAUAUAAAAACUAGGGCGACAGAAAACUAACGAGAACCAAUCAGAAAUGCAGCUUCUGAUAACCGCCCUCGUCAUCGCUCUUGUGUCUACAGCCGUCGCCAAGUCGAUCCGUUGGCCUCGGCAUCAUGAUGCUGACAUUGCUGACAAUGACUUGACACAGGGAUGGCUGGGCAGGGAUAGCAGGUGGUCUUGGCGGUCUAUUGAAUCUUCUCGAUACGAAGACUCGUCCUCAGAGUCUUCGGAAUCCAGUGAAUCUUCAGAAAGUCGAUCUUCCGAAAGUCGAUCUUCCGAAAGUCAAUCUUCCGAAAGUCAAUCUUCCGAGGAGUCCUCUGAAGAAGAUCUGAUCACAGAUCAGACCACUGCCGUGACAACUACCGUGACAACUGCCAUGACAACCACCGCUACGGUAGAAGGAAGCACGUCCACCUCUGAACCAGACACAAUUAUUACAGAUGAGCCAACUGUGAUAGUGACAAGUCCCCCGCCAGCAACACCGACCACACCCGUUGGCUCGACGUCACCUGGAUGUGUGACUCAUUUUUUCACUGAGGAGAUUCCAACGGUAGCUCCCAUCACAGAUAACAGAGGAGACAACUAACUAUCUAACCACAUAACCCUCCUGUUGCGGGUCAAAUUGACAUUUUUAAAGUUUGAAAAUCUAGAACAAAUAUGAAACUUCUUCUGCUUGCCUGAAUUAGUGUAAUUAAUGUAAACAAAAUAAAUCAAAGUUUAAUGUCAUGCCCCCCCCA